UAUUAACUCGACUUCCUUUUAAGUUUUAACCUCAGAAUGGCACUAUAAAUUGCUUACCAAAUAUUUCCAACUCAAUUCACAAAGAAUCAACUCAAAUAUUCUCUCACUCAAAGAUUCUCUCUCUUUCUCUCUCUUCUCAAUGGCACUUCGCAGAGCUAUCACAAAACGUCUCAUUGAUGGCUACAGAUUUGAUGUAACACAAAACAUGAUUGUCAAAAGAUUACCGUCACCUUUCGCACCAAAGAUCUUACGUCAGUACAUGACCUCUCCGAAUCUUAUGGACCGGAUCAUUGGGAUCCGAAUAGAGUCCGUUGCUUCUCCCGGACAUGAGGAAGCAACGGCUGUGAAGGGUUUGACGGUGAGUGAGACCAAGAAGUUGUUGAGAAUAUAUCAAACAGAGAAGGUUAAAGCAAGACUCAGAGAGAUUCCCAAAAGCUCUAUUUCGUAUUGGGAGUUUGUUCAGAUCUGUUGUGAGAGUUGUGGGAAUAACGACGAGCAAGGUUCUCAAAUGGCUAAGUCUUUGGAUCAUUCUGGAUCCGUCGUCGUUUUAGGAGACAUCGUUUUUCUUCAUCCUCAUCAGAUAGUGAAGUCUAUGGAGGCAAUGAUCAACCAAACAUCAGCACUUCCAAAUGAUCCAAGAAAAGAUGAGUUAGUUCAGCUUGAGGUUACAAAGAAGGGUAUUGACACUAAGGCACGACGCAUAGUCAAGGCCGAAUUAUACUGCGGUCUGGGGUUCCUAGCAGCGCAAACUAUUGGCCUUAUGCGUCUUACCUUUUGGGAACUUAGCUGGGACGUAAUGGAACCAAUUUGCUUCUUCAUCACAUCCCUUCAUUUCCUUCUUGGUUACUUCUUUUUCCUUCAAACUUCUACAGAACCAUCUUUCGAAGGAUUUUAUCAACAACGGUUCAAGACCAAACAGAAGAAGCUUAUGGAUAGCCAUGGGUUUGAUUUUUUGAGGUACACUGAGCUCAACUCCUUGUUCACACCAUUACGGUGUAAAUCUCAUGUGGCACCGGUUUAGCUAGCAAUAGAAGUUUAUCUAGGCAAGACGCAUUUUUUUCUUGGACACUGUAUACUUUAUAUAGUGUGUGUAGACUUUAAAAUGGGUCUCAACUUGUAUGUGUAUUUGAUAAAAGGUGAAGUCUUAAUAUUAAUGCAUAGCCAUAUAUCCUUUUCUUACUUUUACGGACUUGGGAUUGUGUUAAAGCUCCUAGAAAGUGAACAUAAGAUACGUGAACAAGAAAAAGUUUCG